AUGGUGGGUGUGAUUGGCCCUGGCGAGGUUGCUGAUAUCGAUGCAGCUUUCAUGAUGAAGCACUCCGAAGAACCUGGCAGGCCCAAACGUCGAAAAAUUGCCGUGGCCUGUGAUGAUUGCCGCGCACGAAAAGUUCGCUGUGAUGGUGUGCAACCCGUGUGUGGGCAAUGCAGCAGGAGAUCCGAUGACUCCCAAUGUGUAUAUACAGGGGAGCUGGAGAAGAGACGCGCCACUCAGACCUAUAUCUCAAGCUUAGAAGAUCGAAUUAAAAAACUCGAGAGUCCUAACGCAUCGGAAAGAGCCUCACAGUCGGGGCUGACGCCGCAUCAUGCUUCGUUGCCAUCCUUAUCGCCUGGCAUUACUACCUAUCCAGAGACGCCUGCCAACCGCACACGGACCGCAGAAUGUCCAGGCGAACCCAGUGCGGCCAGAAACGGCCGAGGCGAUGGUGUUAAUGCCAUGAUGGGGGCUGUGGAGGAGCGCCCGAGCCAGGGGUUCUUCGGAAGCUCGAGCGCAGCCGGCUUCAUGCGACAAAUCAAAACGGCGGUUGACAAAAGAGUCUCGUCUCCCGAUCGCCGUCCGUCCAGUCCAGGUAUUUCCCCACGUUCCAGUCUGCUAGCUGGCCGCAACGAAAGGACACAAGUGACAGCCCCCAACUACGUCCUGCCUCCUCGGAGGACGGCCGACAACUUGAUGGACGUAUACUGGGAUUAUGUCUUCCCUUUGUAUCCGUUCGUUGACCGGUCGCACAUGAAAUCAGAAUACGUGAAAGUCUGGCAAGGCGAAGCUUUUGACUAUGACGAGAAUAUGGUCAUGUGCACGUUCAAUGUCAUAUUCGCGUUGGCAAGCCAAUUGGCCGACUUCAUUGUGCCAGAGGAACGGGAGGCUUCGGCAGAUGCCUUCUUUUUUCGAGCUAAAGGGCUUUUUCAAUUCAGCCUGUGGGAUACAGGAUCUGCGGGCCUUAUUCAGUGCUUGUUACUCAUGGCGCAAUAUCUACAGAGUACGGACUCGGCACAUCAAUGCUGGAUCGUCACUGGACUCGCCACACGUAAUGCCCAGAGCCUGGGCCUUCAUCUUCCCCAGACAAUUGCGCGAUUUUCCAACUUCCAAGAGCAGCAGCUUGCGCGGAAGCUAUGGCAUGGAUGCGUGUUGAUGGAUCGCGUGAUAUCCAUGACUUUCGGUCGUCCGGCAAUGAUUUCUAAAACAUCGAGCGGUGCGGUGCCAUUGCCCGUCAAUGUGGACGAUGAGUUUGUCCCGGUCGAUCUGACAUCAGAGCCUGCACAGCCACCACAACAUCCAUCUAUAAUGGCUUUCUAUGCCAAGACUUUGGAGUUGUACGAAAUCAUGAACGACGUGCUCCUCAGUUUCUAUAAGCCUAUCGCGGACGAUAUAGGCGAUGAUAUUCACGACCUCUAUUUCAGCCAUGCGUACAACGAGGGAGAGCGCACAAUUUUCGAACUAGAUCGUUCCCUGACGCGCUGGACGCGCAGUCUCCUCCUCAUCUCAACAGCGAAUCUCAGAUCGACUGUGACAACCCUAUUUUCUUUCGUCAAGGAAUUGUUCUCCGCGCGAGAUAUCUAUACCGCGGCAACAGUCCUGAUCGCAGGCCGUCUGUGCCCUGCCAUAUUAUCGGAAAUCACCGAGUCUUCCAUUGCUCGCUCAUGGAAUUGCGCACUUGAAAUACUGCGCAAAUAUCAAAGCUAUAGCACCUCUGCUCGACGCUGCAUUGCAGCACUUGAAAUCCUUUACGAGCAAGUUGUGUCGGAAAGUCAGGAUUCUACCGGGUCAAUUCAUCUCUCUGAAACUCCAGGGCAUUGUCAAAACACACUCCACGACAUUUCCUUUGGGGAAAACAUAUCCACCACAAUGAUGGAACAUUUUGAGUUCCCGGACUUUCAAGAUAUGUCAUGGCUCAACAGCGUUCCAAGUAAUCUUUUCUAA